GUUAUUUUCAAAGCCAGCGAACAGGAAAAGAAGGAUGAUGUCCCAUCUAGUCGACAGUCACCGACUUGAUAAAUACUAGGACAUACCAGCCUAAUACCCUGACAUUGAGAAUAUAUUCAGCGAUGAGCAGCACCCAAGUUAGGUUCCCCACAUUCUGGACGAUGGAUAAAAGUGCCUUAUCGGAGUGGAGACCCAACAACUCUUAGACACGCCAUAUAAGAAGAGUGCACCGUGGCAACACAUCUCGGGAGUUGCAAAAACCUAUCACUCCAGUUCCAGAUCUACAGAGUUAGAAGUCAUGAGUAGCCGAUACGCAGCAGUGCAUCAAUCACCUGAGGGCGCUGGCGACGCGCGUCCAAUUGCCCUACAAAUCAUCCAGGAUGAACAGCUUCAGGGCCGGUGGUCUGACAAAGUCAUCCUCAUCACCGGCUGCUCGUCGGGCUUGGGCGUUCAUACCGCACGAGCACUAUACACUACCGGUGCCACACUUUACCUGACGGCCCGUGACCUCGACAGGGCGAAAACAGCGCUCGGUGAUAUGAUCGAUAGCCCGCGCGUGCACCUCUUGUCUCUGGAUCUCAAUUCUCUGGCGUCCGUACGUGCCUGCGCCGAGGAGUUCCUAGCAAAAUCACCCCAUUUGAAUAUCUUAAUCGCCAACGCCGGUGUCAUGGGCUGCCCGGAAGGGCGGACGGAAGAUGGCUUCGAGACGCAAUUUGGUACCAACCAUCUGGCGCAUUUUCUUCUCACCCACCUCCUGCGUCCUGUGAUGUUGGCAUCUUCUUCACCGCAAUUUCACUCUCGGGUAGUGCUACUCUCCUCCGGUUCGCAUCGCUUUGGCCAGGUCAACUUUGAUAAUCUCACCUGGGAGGGCGAGUUCGACACCUGGUUGGCUUACGCGCAGAGCAAGACAGCCAACAUCUGGACUGCUAAUGAGCUUGAGCGGCGGUACGGCGCGCACGGCUUGCACGCGGUCAGUUUGCAUCCUGGGACAAUUGCCACGGACUUGCUGCGGCAUGUUCCGGCUGACCAACUGGCGAUCUGGACGGCGGACAAGGAAUUGGAAAAGUAUUGGAAGACCCCUGAGCAAGGAGCUGCCACCACAGUCUGGGCGGCAGUGAGCCCAGACAUGGAAGCAAAGGGUGGGGUGUAUCUGGAAAAUUGCGCUGUUUCCACAGCGUGGAUGCCUGCGGCUGGUCCCUGGGGUCCGGGAUACGCUCAAUGGGCGUAUAGUCCGGAGAGUGAAGCGAGGCUCUGGGAUGUAUCAUUAGAGUUGUUGGGGUUGCAGGAGUAGCCAUGGCUUAAGCUGCUAAAACUCAUACUCCACCUUUUCAUACUUAUCGGUGAUUUCUAUUGCAGCAGAGGCUGGUUAAUGCGAUACAAAAAUGAGACAGUUAAUCUAGCAUACCAGAGACACACAACAACAGUGUGGG